AUUGAAGGUCGUAUGAUGGAAUUAGAAAACAAGCUUUCACAUGCAGAAAUAAUAGAAGUGAACGGUGAUUCAGUAAUGUUUGGUGCAGCUGUGACAUUGAGUAUGCUGAGUGACGAUGAUAGUGAAGUAGAAUAUAUUUAUAAAAUUGUGGUGAGUCGAAGCUAAUGUUCAAAACAGUCUCCA